CCGCCGCAGCGCCUGGGCGCCACAUGGACCCGGCCGGCCUGAGCGCGCGCUGCCGCUGACCGCCGCCGCCCGCCCGCCUGGGAAGGUAGAGGACGCCUGCCCCACUUGAAUGUGAGAUCCAGGAGUGGUCCCAAGGAAUCAAGCCAUCACCAUGGAGUUUGUGAUGAAACAGGCCCUGGGAGGAGCCACCAAGGACAUGGGGAAGAUGCUAGGUGGUGACGAGGAGAAGGACCCUGAUGCCGCCAAGAAGGAGGAGGAGCGCCAGGAGGCGCUGCGGCAGGAGGAGGAGGAGCGCAAGGCCAAGUAUGCCAAGAUGGAGGCCGAGCGCGAGGUCAUGCGGCAGGGCAUCCGUGACAAGUAUGGUAUCAAGAAGAAGGAGGAGCGCGAGGCGGAGGCGCAGGCGGCCAUGGAGGCCAACUCUGAGGGCAGCCUGACUCGCCCCAAGAAACCCAUCCCUCCGGGCUGCGGGGACGAGCAGGAGGAGGAGGAUGAGAGCAUCCUGGAUACAGUCAUCAAGUACCUGCCUGGGCCACUGCAGGACAUGUUCAAGAAGUAGCGCCCGACCUGGACAGUGCCGGGAGCYGGAGCCCCCGCCCCGCCCCCUGUACAGACAGACCCUUGCGGAGGCCCGGAAAGGACAUCGGGAGCAGAAGCAGCACCCCCAAUGCCAAUAUAAGCCAUAGUCCUAGGUCCAUCCUGCCCGCGCCCUUCCCGCCUCGGGAGCCUCCACCCUUUCUUUCCCCGCACUGCCAUCAACACCCCCAACCCUGGGUAAGGGCGCAACCCGGGGCCCCUGCAGUCCGUGCCCCUCUCCGUGCUCCUUUGCCUGCUGGUGGUCGGCCCACCCUCCACUACUGUCCUUGCGUUUGCCGCCCACCCAGCCAGGUGGAGGUCAGGGACCUUAAGGGUCAGCCCCUCGACCCUGGGUGCAACAGCCCUGCAUGGGUGGCGCUUGUGGGGGCUCAAACUCAGGAGCACAGCCAUAGUGGGGGCAGUAGCUGAUUGUGCUGAUUGGGCUGGUGCCUGUGCCCUUCCUGAGGCCGGCCAAGCUCCAAGCCUUUACCCCAUGCACCAACCUGGGUCGCUGGACCCUGCUUCUGUCUUCCUGUCCGCUGGCUGCCCACCCCCUCGCCUCUCCAUUGCGGCCCCAGCAUUCUCUGUCCCUCUCUUCUAAGGAAUACCAUGCCACAGGGAACAAAGCAAUAGGUUUGGGGGAUUCUCAGACAAUUCUGAGUCCCUAGGCACCCCUUUGUAGCACGCACCAAGUCGGGCCUCUCCCUGGUGGCCUGUCCUCCAUGGGGGUGGCUGUUGUUCCUCGGGGAACCCGGUAGCCACCCACUCCACUCCCACCUUCCAGAGCUAGGGAGGCCGGUGGCUGGAGGGUGCGGGCCCUGGGCUGGGGCCACCAAUUGGUCCCUCGUGCAACCCAGUGGAGUUUAGCCAAAAGGCCUGGCCACCCCGAGCCGCCCAUCCCUGUUUGCCUCCAUCCUGUUUAAUUUGCAUCACAAUCCGUUGAAUCUCAGGUAAAUGAGGUCUCUGUAUUUGAUGAGUUUUAUCUCCACYGAAAGGCCGUUGUCUUGGUCCCCUGGCCCUUUCUGUUCACAUCAAAACUUCAUUAAGUGUCCACGAGUUGCGGGCCAGGGGCGUGGCCUGGGGCCUUCAUGACCUUACAUAGCUCUUUAGAGAAGCCAUAACAAUUAGACUGCAAUACUAACUAUGAACGCCCCUCUGUCUGUGGCAGCAGGAGCUYGCCUGGCGCACAUGCGCCGGGUUUGCCCUGCGCCUCUGGGGUCCGCGUCUUUUUAAAAUGCCUGUUAUCACACGUUGAGCAGACUGGGCGUUCUCUCGCGUUAACCCCGCAUCCUGUUCCCAGCACAUGGGGCGCCCGGCCGCCAAGCUUACCGUAGACUGUGGGUGUUACCUGUCCGUCUGUCCCUGAGCCUCCUCCUGCAUGCCGGGGGCCCUCAUGUGUGUUCUCUCCAGAUGGA